AUGAGAACCAUGCUCGGGUGGUUCUUCUUUGCCUUUUCAGUGGCGCUCUCAUUCGGGCAGGACGCGGACACAAAAACCGCAGAAGAGGACAUCCCGGAGGGGGCAGCCACGCUCGCAUUCGUGUUUGACGUGACCGGCUCCAUGUACGACGACCUGGUCCAAGUUAUUGAGGGGGCGUCCAAGAUUCUGGAGACAUCCUUGAGUAGACCGAAUCGACCGCUCUACAACUUUGCUCUGGUCCCCUUUCAUGACCCAGAAAUCGGACCCGUAACAAUCACAACAGACCCAACGAAAUUCCAGUAUGAGCUGAGGGAGCUGUAUGUUCAGGGUGGUGGUGACUGCCCAGAGAUGAGCAUCGGUGCUAUUAAAAUUGCCCUAGAGAUUUCACAGCCUGGAUCCUUUAUUUAUGUCUUUACGGACGCCCGGUCCAAAGAUUACAAGCUCACCUAUGAUGUCCUUCAACUUAUUCAGCAGAAACAAUCCCAGGUUGUGUUUGUUUUGACAGGAGACUGUGACGACAGGACUCACAUUGGCUACAAGGCUUACGAGGAGAUCGCUUCCACCAGUUCUGGCCAGGUUUUCCAUCUAGACAAGAAACAGGUCAAUGAGGUCCUGAAAUGGGUGGAGGAGGCUGUACAGUCCUCUAAAGUCCACCUGUUGUCGACUGACCACUUCACUGGGGUCAGCAACACCUGGCAGAUCCCCUUUGACCCCAGUCUUAAGGAAGUCACGGUUUCCCUCAGUGGUCCCACACCAGACAUUCAGAUAAUAAACCCCCAGGGGAGGAUCAUGGGGAAGAGUGAUGGUCUGACUGAAUUAUUGCACAUUCCCAACUCUGCCAAAGUUAUCAACAUCAAGGACCCACAGACCGGGUUGUGGUCUAUUAAGACUUCCAGCAAUGGGAGGCACUCCGUCCGGAUCUCAGGUCUUAGCAGUAUAGACUUCCGAGCUGGGUUCUCCCAAAAGCGAACAAUGGAUUUCAAAAAAACGAUUAGUCGACCAGUUCAAGGUAUUCCUACGUACAUCCUACUGAACACGACUGGAAUUUCACCACCGGGCCGCCCUGACAGGCUUGAGCUCUUAGCAAUCACAGGCAAAGUUAUUAAAACUCUGCCAAUCCGCUAUUACCCUGAACGUCAACCUUACAGUCUCUGGAACGUCACCGAUUUUAUUCCACCAAAUGAAGCAUUCUUUCUGAGGCUGACAGGUUAUGACAGUAAUGGUUUUGUUUUCCAGAGAGUCUCUAGUGUGUCCUUCUCUAGCAUUGUACCAGAUGCCCCAAAGGUGCUGAUGCCAGCAACUACCCAUGGUUAUUAUCUUCAGAAAGGCGCUGUUAGAUGUCAAGUGGAAAGCCUGAUUCCCUUCACUUUACGUUUUAGCAGGGAUGGGCGACGACUUGGGGUGGAUCAGCUAUUCAGGGAGUCUGACAAGGCAUUAUGGGAGAUAGAAGAGGUAACUUUAAAAGAUGAAGGUUUCUACGAGUGUAUUGCUGUCAACAGCGCGGGGACAGGACGAGCUCGCACCUUUCUGGAUGUAUCAGAGCCACCUCCUGCUAUCACAGUUGAAGCCAAUGUAACAGUUUCACCCGGAUCCCAAGCUGUCCUCACCUGCCACGUUGUCAGCACAGUAAACUUCAACCUGACUUGGCUGAGAGAGGGCCUUGAUGCCCGUCUGGAUCCUCGGGUACAUGUCCUGACCAACCUUUCGCUUCACUUAUCUGCUGUAACGCCAGCUCACUCAGGCUGGUAUGAGUGUGUUGCUGUAAAUGAAGGAGGGAUGACAGCUGAGCGCGUCAACCUGAUUGUACAAGAGGUGCCUAGAGUCUCAGUGGACCCUAAGAAUCAGACAUUCACAAGAGGAGGACAAGUGAAAAUCAGAUGUUCAGCCAGCGGCUACCCUGAGCCCCUUGUGGCCUGGACACACAAUGACUUAUUUAUCAUGACAUCAAGCAGACAUAGAAUAACAGUUGAUGGCACGUUAUCAAUAAGAAACAUGGAGAAGAUGGAUGAAGGUGUUUAUGGCUGCUUGGGCAGCAACCAAGCGGGAACCGACUCCAAAGUUUCCAUCCUCGUUUACAUUGAAUCUCCUGUGGUGAAAGUGGCUGUUGAUGACAUCCUCACUGGUGUUGGAGAAACCACUGUGAUGGCCUGUUCCACAUCAGGAAUCCCUCAGCCAGAGAUUUGGUGGUACAAAGGUAAUGUAAAAUUGCAGUCAACAUUUUCAGUGGACAUAGAUGUGCUGGCAGGUACAAUAACCAUCAAGAAUACCCAGGAAGUUGAUGCUGGAGACUACACUUGUUUGGCUUCAAACAGUGCCGGCACCUCAUCAGGAAAGGUUGCUCUUGAUGUUGGAGAUGCACCAAAGUUCACGCAAGUACCAUUAGACAUAGCAGUGGAUAUCGGGUCUAAUGUGACUCUAACAUGCCAAGCCCACGGUUAUCCAGAGCCACAGGUCACUUGGAGGAGACAAGAUGGCUUGCCCCUUUUCAAUAAACACCACAUAUAUAGCACUAUUAGUCAAGACGAGGGAGGUCUUCAUAUCAGGAACGUGUGGGUUGAUGAUGAGACAGAAUAUAUCUGUGAAGCUUCCAACCAUUUUGGCAAGAUCCAAACCCAAGCAAGCAUCACUGUUACGGGACUCGCGCCACCUGUUAUUGCAAUAAGUCCAGCAGUAAUAGGGGUGAUCGAGGACCAGCAGGUGACUUUACCCUGUGUGCUGUUGUCUGGCAAUCCACUUCCUGAGAGACAGUGGCUGCACAACUAUGGCCUUGUGUCCUCGGAUGAGUAUGUUACUGUACGAAGGGAUGGCAGUCUACACAUUGAGCGAGUUCGACUCGAUGAUGCUGGUGAUUACACCUGCUUGGCUGAGAGCGUUGUUGGAGCCACCAAUCACACUACCACCGUCAAUGUCUUUGUGACUCCAUCCAUUCAGCAUGGCCCUCAAGUGUUCAGCACUAUUGAGGGGACACCUGUAUCUCUGCCCUGCCGUGCUAGUGGGAUACCUGCACCUGAGAUCACCUGGUCUAAGGGUGGGAAGCUUGUGUACUUGGGUGGUCCAGCCUUCUCCCUGGACUCUGACGGCAGCCUGCUCAUUGCCUCACCCUCUGGAAAUGAGACAGGAGAGUUCCUCUGCACAGCUGCCAAUGCUGCUGGUCACGUCUCAAGAAAAGUUCAACUCACUGUCUAUGUUCGCCCUAGGUCUAUUGCUGGCACUGCCAGUGGCUCUUCUGACCCAACAAGAAUGUCAGUGAUAGAAGGAAAAGAUGCAGUUUUACCAUGUGAAGUCCACAGUGUCCCCCCACCGUCUAUUAGCUGGACCAGGGAGAGACGGCUCAUCUCUCCUUACUCUCUGAGGCACGAUCAGCUCCCUUCAGGCUCACUGAAGAUCUUAGAGAGCAAAAUUUCAGACAGUGGGCUCUAUGUAUGCAUUGCCUCCAACAUCGCUGGAAACCUAACUCAGUCCAUUGAAUUGAGUGUUUUGGUGCCCCCUAGUAUCCAGGCUGGUCCGAAGGUCAUAAAAGUCCAGAUGGGUUAUCCUGUGGAGCUUCUGUGUGUAGUCCAAGGGGUACCGAAACCCACCCUUUCCUGGACAAAGGAUGGCAAGAAGUAUCCUAUGUCACCUGCUGGCAGUCUCAUUUUGGGCCCAGUGGGGCUGGAUGAUGAAGGAACUUACACUUGUACGGCAGUCAACAUUGCAGGCAGUGAUGAAGCUCAAGUUCAACUACUAAUACAUGUUCCCCCAGUGGUUGAAGUUUUGGAACCCCCAUUCAAUAGUCCCUUACAAGAGAGAAUUGCAAAACAACGUAUUGCCUUCCCUUGUCCUGCAAAAGGUCUUCCCAAGCCUGUGAUUCGAUGGUUGCGUAAUGGCCAAGAGCUGACUGGUAAUGAGCCCGGUGUGUCUAUCUUGGAAGAUGGCACACUUUUAAUUCUGGCAUCUUUGUCACCGCUGGAUGACGGGGAGUAUGUCUGCACUGCUGCUAACGAUGCUGGGUCUACAGAGAAGAAGUACCAGCUCAAAGUCAAUGUGCCACCAACAUUCACUGAAAGUGACUCAUCACUAAACGUGUCUGUGGUUGAGAGGCAUCCCACCACUUUGAUCUGUGAUGUAACAGGAAGUCCGACCCCAGUUAUCACCUGGUACAAAGAUAACAUUUUUGUAAAGGCUAGUAAAAAUAUUCAGAUUCUUGAUAAGGGAAAAUCCUUAAAACUACUGAAGGCAACCUCAGCAGAUGCGGGCAGCUUCACCUGUAAAGCCAUCAAUAUUGCUGGCAGCACUGAAAAAGACUUCUUUGUGGAUGUACUGAUUCCACCAACAAUUGCAGGGUCGGAUUUUCCAGAAGAUAUGACUGGAAUUCUUAAACAGGAGAUCACGUUGCAGUGCAAGGUGAAAAAAGGAGUGCCAUUUCCCACCAUCCAGUGGUACAAGGACCGAAAGGUGGUAUUUCUAGGGGAUCCAAACUUGGAGGUCAGUGAUAAUGGUCAAGUUUUAAGAAUAAAGAGUGCCCGUCUAGGAGACCAGGCAAGGUAUCAAUGUAGUGUCAUGAAUACAGCUGGCAAACAGUCCAAGGACUUCAAUCUCAAUGUGUAUGUCCCCCCAUCCAUUAGAGGUGGUAACCAAACAACAGAAGUUACCGCCCUGUUGGAUACAACAGUCACACUUGAGUGUGAGGCACGUGGAGUCCCACACCCCACCAUCACUUGGUACCGGAAAGGAGAGGCUAUCCUGUCUAGCCGUCAAUCUCAGUAUGUAGAGCAAGGUCGUUACCUGAAGAUCUCUCGGGUGCAGGCAUCUGAUGGUGGACAGUAUACCUGCAAGGUGACCAGUGUGGCCGGGACCGAUGAAAAGCGCUUUGAACUUGACGUCUACUUACCUCCUUCCAUAGAAGGGGAACAAAGCGGGGUAUCUGAAAGAAAAGUGGUUCUCAGUAAGGCUCUCAUCUUGGAAUGUGAGGCUGGUGGCUACCCUCCCCCUUCUCUUACCUGGCUGAAGGACGGCGUACCAGUGCAAGAUGGAGACACUCUCCGGGUGCUUGACCAUGGGAGGAAAAUACAAAUCCUGUCAGCUAAGGUGUUGGACUCAGGACGCUACGUUUGCGUGGCAACAAGCAUCGCUGGGGAGACAGAGGUCAAGUACGACGUCAGGGUUUUGGUGCCACCUUUAAUUGAUGGAGGAGAUGGAGUCACUGACAGGAUUGUGAUAAUUAACAGCCCUCUUGAGCUUGAUUGCCAUGCCACUGGAACUCCGGCUCCUGCAGUAACGUGGUUUAAAGAUGGGCAAUUACUCAGACAUGGUGAGGGGCUAAGACUUGCUGUCAGCGGGUGGCGACUGAUAAUCCCCCGGGCUCAGGUCUCUGACACAGGUCGCUUUCAAUGUGUAGCCACCAAUGAAGGAGGAGACGAUGAGAAGGACUUCAAUGUGAUUGUACAGGUUCCUCCAUCAGUUCGAUCAACUGGAAGUGCUGAACGUGCAGUGGUUUUGCACAAAUCCAUUAGCCUGGAGUGCAUGCCCAGUGGCAUACCAGCGCCCACCAUUACCUGGCUGAAAGAUGGUCGACCUGUUGAUACAUCACAGAUGCACUUUAAGCUGGAUUCAGCGGGUAGAGUGCUAAAGGUCACGCGGGCAAGACAAGAGGAUUCUGGGAAAUACACUUGUCUGGCCACAAAUGCUGCUGGUGAAGCACAAAAAAGCAUGCGGCUCAGCGUCCAUGUGCCGCCCACAAUUUCCACUUCUGAAGACAUCAUCAACCAGACCAUCCUGUCAGGUUUCUCCACUGAGCUUAAAUGCACAGUCACAGGAAGUCCAUUACCUGCAAUAACAUGGUACAAAGACGGCCGACCUCUGACAAGUGCUGCUGGUGUGACCAUGCUGAAACGUGGCCAGGUGUUGGAGAUUGAAAGAGCUCAACUAUCUGAUGCAGGGAUAUACAGAUGCGCAGCAGUCAACUUGGCUGGAGUUGCUGAGAUAUCCCACAGCUUGCAGGUGUUUGUGCCUCCGGUCAUUUCGAGUCGAGGUGGGACAGUAACAGUAAUAGUGAAUGAGGCCGGCAGACUGAAAUGUGAAGCUACUGGGGUUCCCUCACCUAGUCUUACUUGGCUCAAAGAUGGUAGCCCUGUCACAAGCGUAUCCCAUGGCAUACAGGUACUGUCUAGUGGAAGGGUGCUAGCUCUGAGCAGUGCACAGGUGAGUGACACAGGCAGGUAUACCUGUGUUGCUGUCAACGCUGGAGGAGAGCAACAGCGAGAUUAUGAUCUGAGGGUGCAUGUGCCGCCUAACAUCAAGGGUGAAGAAAUGAACGCCACCGUGAUGCUCGGUAGUCCCGUGGAGCUCCACUGUCUAAGUGAUGCCAUUCCCCCUCCAACCCUGUUGUGGCGCAAAGAUGGACGCCCGCUGUUCAGGAAACCUGGUUUGACGCUCUCAGCAGAUGGGAGUUUGCUUAAGGUUGACAGUGCUCAGAUGCAGGAUUCUGGAAGGUAUACUUGUGAGGCUACUAACAUUGCUGGCAAGACAGAAAAGAACUAUAAUGUAAACGUGUGGGUUUCUCCGAAUAUUCGAGGCUCAGAAGAGGUGUCUCCACUCACAGUAAUUGAAGGAAGUCUCAUCACGCUGGUGUGUGAAUCCAGUGGAAUACCUCCUCCCAGUUUGAGUUGGAGAAAAGAUGGUGCAGAGCUUCAGUCUGACCAGCGGGUCAGGGUUUUGUCAGGAGGACGUCAGCUGCAGAUUUCCAAUGCUGAGAGUGCAGAUUCAGCUUCCUAUGUCUGUACAGCUUCCAGUGCUGCUGGCAGCACCUCCAAGGAGUACAGCUUGCAGGUUUAUGUCCGCCCUUCCAUCAGACACAGCGAGGGUGACAAAGAUGCUGUCGUUGUGACAAAAGGAGGCGAUGUGACAUUGCAAUGCGCUGCAGAUGGCGUGCCACGGCCAGCAGUCACCUGGCUGAAAGAUGGGCGGCCCAUCACAGCCAUUCAUGGUGCCAAGCUUCUGAAUGAAGGAGGGCUGCUGCAGAUUAAAAAUGCUAAAAUUUCAGACACCGGACGUUACACCUGUAUUGCUGUUAAUGUAGCAGGGCAAGCAGAAAAGAAGCAUGACAUCAGCGUGCACGUCCCUCCUACUAUCACUGCGGAUGUGCAAUUCCCUGAAAAUGUCAGUGUUGUCCUGAAGAACCCUGUGGCUUUGAGCUGUGAGGCUUCUGGAAUUCCUCUUCCUGCCAUCACCUGGCUGAAGGAUGGGCAGCCAAUCAGAGGAACCAGUUCUGUUCGCAUUCUUUCAGGCGGACGGAAUCUGCGUCUGUUGCAUGCAGCGGUUGAGGAUGCUGGGAGGUACACCUGCAUCGCCUCGAACAGUGCCGGAGAGGAAAAGAAAAAUUUUCACCUCGACGUUCUUGUUCCACCAAGCAUUGAAGAGGAAGGAAGCGUGACAGACACAAAAGUCAAGGAGAAACACAACAUUACUCUGACCUGUGAGGCCUCAGGAAACCCAGUUCCAGAAAUUUCCUGGCUAAAGGAUGGGAAAGAUAUCAUGCCUGACAGGCACCACCAAAUCUUGUACCAUGGCCGUUAUCUCCAAAUUUCUAGUGUGCAAGUAGCUGAUACUGGCAGAUACAGCUGCCUUGCAUCGAACAAUGCAGGAGAUCGCAGCCGCCAUUUCAACCUCAAUGUCCUGGUCACUCCCACCAUUGCUGGGUCAGGACCGGACGGUUCAGCAGAAGAGGUGACAGUAACGCUAAGUAGCCCCACCUCACUAGUGUGUGAAGUUCAGUCGUACCCUCCUGCACUGGUUACCUGGCUCAAAGAUGGAAAAACGUUCGAAUCCAGCCACAAUGCCAGAGUUCUUCCAGGUGGCCGAACCCUGCAGAUUCUUAAUGCAAAAGAAGAGGAUGCUGGUCGUUACACAUGUGUUGCCACUAACGAAGCCGGAGAGACACUCAAGAACUUUGACGUCAAAGUAUAUGUUCCCCCACAGAUCGAUAAAAAUGAUAUCCCAGGUGAAGGGCUUUCUCCAAAAGAAGUCAAGAUCAGGGUCAACAGCACACUUACCCUGGAAUGUGCAGCUCAGGCCUUUCCUUCCCCAGCAUUGCAGUGGUAUAUGGAUGGAAAGAUUCUGCGGGCAGACGAGCACGUGUCCAUCACAGCUAAUGGUCGAAUUGUUCAGAUCAGACAUGCUCAGGUGUCCGACACUGGCCGUUACACUUGCAUAGCCACUAAUGUAGCUGGAGAGGACGAGAAGGACUUUGAUGUAAAUAUACAAGUUCCUCCUAGUUUCAACAGACCCACUGGAAUUGGCGAUGCACUGUCUCCGUCAGGCUUCGGAGUGGAUGCUCGUGAUGUGAUACUCAAUAAUCCGAUCUCUUUAUAUUGUGAGACCAAUGCUGUACCUCCUCCCACACUCACGUGGUACAAAGAUGGCCAACCCCUGACCUCCAAUGACAACAUUUUGAUCAUGCCAGGUGGAAGAGUGUUACAAAUCCCCAGGACUCAAGCGGACGACUCGGGCAGAUACACAUGCGUGGCUGUCAACGAAGCAGGAGAAGACUCUAUUCAGUAUGAUGUUAGGGUAUUAUUUCCCCCCACAAUACGUGGAAAACAAAAUGACUUACCCGAUGAGGUGACAGUUUUGGCCAAUAAAACAACUUUGCUGGAGUGCCGGGUGGAUGGAAAUCCUGCACCCAAGAUCACCUGGUUUAAGGACAGUGAGGCAGUAAGCCCUGAUGGAAGUCAUAUGAUUCUGGCCAAUGGCAGAACACUUCAGGUGUUGACGGCUCAAGUGGCUGACACAGGACGUUAUGUGUGUGUGGCUGACAAUGUUGCAGGAAGUGUUGAAAAAUCUUUUAAUCUUAAUGUGCACGUUCCUCCUACUAUUUUAGGCCUAAGCCAUGAGAAUGUGACUGUGGUAGUCAACAACUUUGUUUCCAUGUCAUGUGAAGCCACUGGUUUUCCACCUCCCACCUUGAGUUGGUUAAAUGACAGGGGUCCAAUUCAGGCCAACACCAAUGCACUCAUCAUGCCAGGUGGUCGUACUUUACAAAUCCUAAAAGCCAAAGUAUCAGAUGGCGGAAAGUACAUUUGUGUAGCCAUGAAUGCAGCCGGGGAGACUUCAAAGAACAUAUACCUUACAGUUUUUGUUCCCCCCAGUAUCCGGGGCAACAAUGGGGAUUCUCCGGUGGUUGUGAAUGUGCUUGCUGGUGAAUCAGUGACCCUGGAGUGUGAAUCCAAUGCAGUACCUCCUCCUACCAUCACCUGGUACAAGAAUGGAAGGAUGGUGACAGAGUCUGGCAACUUGCGCACACCGGCUGGGGGACAGACACUAGAAAUCAGAACAUCAGAGGUGUCUGAUACCGGACAGUAUGUGUGCAAAGCCACUAAUGUUGCUGGUCAGGUGGAAAAAAACUUCCAUUUAAAUAUUUAUGUUCAUCCUGGUUUCGAAGGUCCGGCUGAUGAAAAGAUUGUGGAAACCAUCAGUAACCCAGUUACCUUUGCCUGUGAUGCCACAGGGAUCCCUCCUCCCAGCCUAAGGUGGCUAAAGAAUGGACAGCCAAUAGAGAGCUCAGGUUCUUUGGAAAUGCACAUCUUCUCUGGUGGCAGCAAGCUUCAGAUUGCACGAUCACAGAUGUCAGACAGUGGCACUUACACUUGUUUGGCCUCUAACCUGUUAGGCAAGGCGCAGAAAAACUACCACCUCACCAUACAAGUUCCCCCUAGUAUCUCUGGAUCAGAGCUGCCCAGUGAAAUAGGAGUACUACUAAAUGAAAGCAUACAACUGGAGUGUCAGGUCAAUGGAUUGCCGACACCGUCCAUUCAAUGGUUAAAAGAUGGAGAAGUCAUCAACAAUGCAGGGAAUAAGGACCUCAGAAUUAGUCCAGAUGGCAGCAUUCUCACUGUGACCGCUGCCAACACCACUGACAGUGGCAAGUACACUUGUGUAGCCUCCAACAGAGCAGGGGAAGAAGACAGGAUAUUCAAUUUGAACAUAUAUGUGCCUCCUGUGAUCGAAGGCAACACUCUGAAAGCUAAAGAGUUGACCACAGUCCAAGACAGCUCAGUCAACAUAGAGUGUGUUGCAAAAGGAUCUCCUCCACCACAGCUUAACUGGCUCAGAAAUGGCCUCCCCCUUCCAGUGUCUUCACACUUACGUCUUCUCUCCGCAGGUCAGGUGCUCAGAAUUACACGCAUCCAAGUGUCAGAUGGAGGUAGCUACACCUGUGUUGCAUCUAAUAGAGCAGGAGUUGACAACAGAAAUUACAACCUCCAUGUGCUGGUCCCUCCAGCUUUGGAUGGAGCAGGAAGCACUGAGGAGAUGAUUGUAGUUAGAGGAAGCCUGGCAUCUCUGCUGUGUGUAGCAGAUGGAACCCCGGCCCCGUCUGUCGCCUGGCUCAAAGACGGGGUGCAUCUUUCAUCAGAAACCAACCUGAGACUACUGAACCAAAAUACUACUAUGCAGAUUGUCCAGGCUCAAGCGAGCGACACAGGACACUACACAUGCAUCGCGAGCAACACAGCAGGUCAAGCAAGCCGUCACAUUAACUUGAAAGUGCUUGAACCUCCACAAAUCAAAGCAUCUGGUGUACCAGCAGAAGUGUCUGUGAUAGUUAAUAAUGUACUGGAGCUUCAGUGUGAGGCCUCGGGUAUCCCUCCACCCACUUUAACGUGGCUGAAGGAUGGACGCCCACUCCCACAGACAGACAGCCUGCGACUCCUUCAAGAAGGACAUGUGCUUCGUGUAGCCUCAGCACAGUUGGAGGACACUGGCAGAUACAGCUGCCUAGCCAACAGUCCAGCAGGUGAUGAUGACAAAGAGUUUGUGGUGAGAGUGCAUGUUCCUCCGAACAUUGCGGGCGAGACCACACCUCAGGAUGUGUCAGUGUUGCAAAACAGACAGGUGACUCUGGAAUGCAAAUCCGAUGCGGUUCCACCUCCAACUUUGAGCUGGCUCAAAGAUGGUCAACCAUUGCAAGUGUCUGCACGUGUGCGUCUUCUCUCAGCGGGCCGUUACCUACAGAUCAACAUGGCUGGCCUCAAUGACAAAGCUCAGUAUACUUGUGUGGCCAGCAACAUCGUUGGGGAGACCACACGGGAUUUUAAUCUGAUUGUCAAUGCGGCCCCAAAAAUUCAAGAUGGCCCACAGACAGUGUCUGUUCAUCUCAAUAAGACAGCUGUACUUGAGUGUAUUGUUAGCGGUGUACCAGCACCUCGGGUCACAUGGAGGAAAAAUGGAGCUAUGCUGGCUGGAAAUAACCCAAGGUACACGUUUAUUGAGGAUGGCUCAUUACAGAUCCACCCUGCGCAGGUGACUGACACAGGCCGCUACCUGUGUAUGGCAACAAACCAAGCUGGGACACAACUGAAGAGAAUGGACCUUGAAGUAUAUGUGCCCCCUUCUAUUCUUGAUGGACGCACCAAUGUGACGGUCACAGUUAAUGUUCAGACUACCCUUGCUUGUGAGGCCAGUGGCAUACCCAAUCCCUCUGUGAUCUGGAUGAAAAACGGCCAAGCAAUCAAUACUGACCAGAACCAGAAUAUGUACAGGUUACUUUCAUCAGGUUCUCUGGUCGUGAUAGCACCCACAGUGGAGGACACAGCUUUGUAUGUGUGUGUUGUCUCUAACGAGGCAGGAGAAGCUUCCAGAACCAUCAGUCUCACCGUCCAAGUUCCUCCAUCAAUCGCAGAUGAACCCACAGACCUGGUUGUCACCAGAUUGUCCCCAGUGGUCAUUGCAUGUACUGCAUCAGGUGUCCCAGAUCCCACAAUUCACUGGUCCAAAGACGGCAUUAAACUUGUCAAACAGGGACAAGGAUACCAGAUCUUGCAAACGGGUCAAGUAGGCAUAGACUCAGCUGAACUCAGUCAUGCAGGACGCUACUCAUGCACAGCUAAGAAUGCUGCAGGCUCCACUCAUCGCCAUGUGCAGCUGACAGUACAAGAGCUUCCUGUGAUCCAUUCCCACCCAUCCAACCUGGAGGUGAUUCUAAAUAACGCCAUUGUGCUGCCCUGUAAUGCCACAGGCUCACCAAGGCCAACAAUAACCUGGCAGAAGGAGGGCAUUAAUAUACAUACCACAGGUGGAAGUUUCACAGUGCUACCUAAUGGAAGUCUACAGAUAGCCAAGGCAUCUGUGGCCAACUCUGGAACCUAUAUUUGUGUAGCUCAAAACCCAGCGGGUACAGCCUUGGGAAAGACCAAACUCAGAGUACAGGUCCCUCCAGUCAUCAACUCAGAAACCCAAAAAUACUUGGCUCCUGUGGACUCAUCUGUGACGCUGCAGUGUCUGUCGGAUGGUGUCCCUAGCCCUUCGGUCACAUGGCUCAAAGACGGGCAACUCCUGAGCGAAUCUGUACGGCAGCGGGUACUCAGUUCAGGCUCCCUACAGGUCGCAUUCAUCCAGCCGAGUGAUACAGGAAGAUACACUUGCACUGCUGCCAAUGCUGCGGGAACCACGAGCCUCGAGAUGAGCCUGACGGUGCAGAUUCCCCCCUCUAUUCUUGACUUCGAACAGGAAGUAGUUGUGGUUGAGCGUAGUCAUGCCCAGCUGGUUUGUGUAGCGAUGGGUGUCCCUCAACCGACAAUUUCUUGGGAGAAGGACGGUGUUCUGUUAGGUGAAGAGAUUGGGGAGUAUACCACUUUGCCCUCUGGAGAGCUAGUUAUUGAUACUGCUCAGCCUGGUGAUGCAGGCAGGUAUACGUGUGUUGCCACCAACGAUGUGGGUCAUGAUAGUAAAACAGUGAUCCUGUCUGUUCAUACCCACCCUAUCUUCACUCAUUUGGUUGGAGAUAUCUCACUCAACAAGGGUGAACGCCUUCUGCUGGACUGUGGAGCCAAUGGUAUCCCCCUACCGAGGAUCACAUGGGCCUUCAACAACAAAAUAAUGCCAGUUCACUAUGAUCACAUGAACGGCCACAGUGAGUUGGUGAUCGAGAAAGUGAGUAAAGAGGAUUCUGGUACUUAUACCUGUGUGGCAGAAAACACUGUUGGAAGUAUCAAGUCUUUGGGCUUUGUUCAUGUCAAAGAGCCUCCAAUCAUUGACGGGGACCUUCACUCCAAUCGAAUUGAACCUCUGGGCGGCAAUGCUAUUCUGAACUGUGACGUUCGGGGAGAUCCACUUCCCAAGAUUCAGUGGAGCAAAAAUGGAAUGAACCUGCACAUUAACAACCGCAUCCGACAACUGGACAAUGGUUCUUUGGCCAUCUAUGGCACUGUGACUGAAGAUGCAGGCAACUACGUUUGUGUGGCAACGAAUGAUGCUGGUGUUGUGGAAAAAAGUGUUAUGCUUACUUUGCAGAGUGCACCCACCAUUAUAGUAGAACCUGUAACAACAGUGGUUGAUGCUGGCACUACAUUGGUGCUCAACUGCCAGGCGCAGGGUGAGCCUACCCCAAUAAUAGAAUGGUCCCGCCAAGGGCAUCUUCUUUUAGGCAACGACCACUUCUCCACUUUAUCGAAUGGGUCUCUCAGGAUAAAAAGUGCCCAGAAGGAGGACACAGCUGAAUAUAUAUGUGUGGCGAGAAACUCACUUGGCUCAGUACUGGUUCCAGUUGGUCUAACUGUUCGUGUUCAUGGAGUUUACUCCGAGUGGGCCGAGUGGGGUCCUUGCAGUUUAACAUGUGGGAUUGGUUCUCAGAAGAGACAGAGACAAUGUAGCAAUCCCGUUCCUGCCAAUGGAGGACGCCACUGUACUGGAUUAGACACAGAGACUCGCAAUUGUCAUGGGAAGCCUUGUCCAGUUGAUGGUAAGUGGUCAGAGUGGUCUUCGUGGGAGGAGUGCUCUCGUACAUGUGGUCAUGGUAACAGAACAAGGGUGCGGACCUGCAGUAACCCCACACCUCAGCAUGGUGGGAGGCCCUGUGAAGGAAGGACCGUGGAGGUCAUCAUGUGCAGUGUCCGACCUUGUCCAGUUGCAGGUGGCUGGGGGCCUUGGCUACCUUGGAGCCCAUGCAGUGAGACCUGUGGAAAGGGUAUGCAGUCAAGAAUCCGUCUGUGCAACAACCCCCCUCCGGCAUUUGAUGGGUCACCGUGUGAGGGCACAGACACACAAACGCAAGUGUGCAAGGAGUGGCCAUGUCCUGUGGAUGGGAAGUGGUCAUCAUGGAUGAGCUGGGGAGCCUGCAGUGUUUCCUGUGGGGGCGGUACCAGACAUAGAACACGUUUCUGUGCCAGCCCCGCACCGCAAUAUGGUGGCAGGACAUGUGAAGGCAACGACGUACACAGCGACUUUUGUAAUAGCGAACCCUGCCCUAUCAGUGGGAACUGGGGUCCAUGGAGCAGCUGGGGAAGUUGCAGCAAGACAUGUAAUGGAGGACAGAUGAGACGCCACAGGACAUGUGACAACCCCAGACCGGCCAAUGGUGGCAGAGCGUGUGCAGGCGCCGAUGCACAAACUCAGAGAUGCAACGCAGCCACGUGUCCUGUUAAUGGAAAUUGGGGAGCAUGGCAGUCUUGGGGAGAAUGUUCUGCUUCCUGUGGGGGUGGAGAAAGAACACGCGUUCGUCUCUGUAAUAACCCGCCGGCGAGCAACGGGGGGCGCCCGUGCCCAGGAGACUCCUCCCAGCUGUCAAGAUGUAACGUUGAGGCUUGUCCAGGUGGACCACAGAUGGCACGAGGAAGCAUCAUAGGGAAUAUUAACGAUCACGAGUUUGGUAUCGCCAUACUAAAUGCCACCAUCAUAGACACUAUGUCGGGUAGCAAGCUCAUCAAAGCAUCGAUUUCAAAUAUACCAAGAUCAUUAGGGCCUGCAAUGAGGAAGCUAAUUUCCAUUCUGAAUCCCAUCUACUGGACCACAGCACAAGAAGUAGGAGAGGCUGCAAAUGGCUACACAUUAACUGGGGCUAUCUUCAGGCGGGAAACACAGGUGGAAUUUGCUACAGGUGAGAUUCUAAGGAUGACUCACAUUGCCCGGGGCUUAGACUCAGAUGGAGCCUUGUUACUGGACAUAGUAGUAAACGGGCACAUCCUCCAGCUGCCUUCACAUGUCGACAUUACCAUCAAGGACUACACAGAGGACUACAUCCAGACAGGCCCAGGCCAGCUUUAUGCUCUGUCCACACGAAUGUUCAGCAUUGACAGGGAGAGCGUGCCCUACUCCUGGAACCACACCAUUUCCUAUGACGUGUCUAGAGGAAAGAUGCCCUAUUUAGUGCAGACGCUUCAUGCCACAGCAAUCAGUGCUCAGUAUCACGCCAUGGAAGAGGUGCUGGAAUACAGCAUCCAAGCUCGUAUUACCAAGGGUGAUCGCAGCAACCAGUGUCCUCAUGGGUUUACUUUGGUUUCUGCCGGGCCGUACUGUGCAGAUGAGAAUGAGUGUCAAGUGGGAAACCCCUGUUCUCAUGCAUGCCACAAUGCUAUGGGCACGUACUACUGCUCUUGUCCUCGUGGCCUCACUAUCUCAGCCGACGGCAGGACCUGUCAAGAUAUUGACGAGUGUUUGUUGGGUGCGAACGUGUGUCACGAUGGACUGGACUGUGAGAACACUAUUGGCUCCUACCGGUGCGUUAUGCGCUGUGGCCGCGGGUUCAGGAGAACAGCAGAUAGUCUCAGUUGCACAGAUAUAAAUGAGUGCCAAGAGUCCAAUCCUUGCAAUCAACACUGUCUUAAUACCAUUGGUAGUUAUCGCUGCACCUGUGAACCUGGAUUUCAACUCCGGAACAGACGCUGUGUUGAUAUAAAUGAGUGCAGACAGAGAGUUUGUCGAUCAGACCAGCAGUGUAAAAAUACCCGCGGUGGUUACAACUGCAUUGACCUAUGCCCCAGCGGUAUGACCAAGGGUCCCAAUGGGACAUGUGUGGAUAUUGACGAGUGCAGAGAUGGCACUCAUCAGUGCAGAUACAACCAGAUCUGUGAAAACACAAGAGGGAGUUACCACUGCACUUGUCCGCGUGGCUACCGAUCUCAGGGAGUGGGCAGGCCCUGUGUUGAUAUGAAUGAAUGCGAGCGGAUUCCGCAUCCCUGUGCCCAUCGGUGCGUCAACACUCCAGGCAGCUUUAGAUGCACCUGCCCACCGGGGCGCUACCUGCUGGGGGACGGCAAGUCUUGUGCCGGGCUUGAGCGUCUGCCAACUUUUGAGAGUUACUCAUAUGGCUUCCGAACAUCGCAGUCCCAGCCCGAACGCUACUCCUAUCGGCGCCUCAACCACAACUUGGCUUCACACAGCUAUCACUCCUACAAUGCGGACACUCGCGUGCUCAACAGGGGGCGUAAUCGCCGAGGAGUAACCAUCAGCUCGGCACAUCAGGACCUUGAAGCUUGUCAGGAUGGGUUUGUGCUCAAAAAUGGUCACUGCUUAGAUAUUAACGAGUGUGAGGUGAGGGAUUCCUGCCAGCAUGAGUGUUUAAACACACCUGGGAGCCACAGGUGUCUUUGCCCAGCUGGUUACCACCUCAUGACCAACGGCAAGACAUGUCAAGACAUUGACGAGUGUCUUGAGCAGAACAUCCAAUGUGGAGCCAACCGCAUGUGUUUCAACAUGAGAGGAAGUUACCAAUGCAUUGACACACCUUGCCCACCAAACUACCAGAGAGAGCCUUCUACAGGAUUCUGUCUGAAGAACUGUCCUCCAAACGACCUCGAAUGUGCUCUGAGCCCUUACGCUCUCGAGUACAAGCUCCUCUCCCUUCCCUUCGGCAUUGCGGCCAACCAAGACCUCAUCAGACUGGUGGCGUACACACAGGAUGGAGUGAUGCACCCUCGGACCACUUUCCUCGUUGUGGAUGAGGACGUCACGUUACCUUUCGCCAUUCGAGACGAGAACCUCAAAGGGGUGCUGUUUACUACUCGAGCGUUGCGAGAGCCUCACACUUACCGCAUGAAGGUGAGAGCCCUCUCCUACAGCGAAGACGGAGGCAUCGAAUACCAGACCACCUUCAUCGUCUACAUCGCAGUCUCAGCCUACCCUUACUGA